AUGGGAUCCCUGUUGGAUACCCUUCUCGUUCAGCCGUUUGCAGCAGAAGUGAGCUUUGACCCCAUCCCAUGGCAACGAUGGAUGCGGGAAGAAGGUAUGCUUCUCUACACCAUCUCAACAGUUAUCUACCUCUUAACUAUCUUCACCGUUCAGAGAGUGAUGAAGAAUCGCCCUCGCUUCGUCCUCCGUCUUCCUCUCGCCCUCUGGAACAUUGGUUUGUCCGUUUUCAGUAUCGUCUGCGCGUGGCGAUUAAACGUCGCUACGCAUUACAUCCUCUCGCAGCGGGGCGCCACGCUGCACAGUCUGAUUUGCGAGUGCAAUUGCUUUCAUAGGGGACAAACAGGUAGCCUCUGGCUGCUACUUUUCGCGUUCAGCAAACUUCUGGAGUACGGCGACACCUUAUUCGUGGUCCUCCGUAAGGCGAAACUCAUCGUGUUGCAUUGGUACCACCACGUGCUCACCUACUUCAGUACCUGCUAUCUCUUCGCCUACGCCUCCCCGACAGUCUUCGUCAUGGCCAUGGUCAACACGUACAUCCAUUCUCUCAUGUACCCGUACUACGCUCUCCGCAUCCUGGGCGUGGCCGUACCAAAACGCGUUGCCAUGACAAUCACCACAAUCCAAAUCAUCCAGCUCUUGGUGGGAUUUCUCGUCAACCUGUACGCCGCGGGGGCGCUGUUUUGGGGAGUCCCCUGCGAGGUAGACCGAAUCGGACUAGGGCUCGGUCUGUUUGGCUUCGGUACCUUGUUAAUCCUCUUCAUCAAUUUCUUCGUUCACAGUUACUUUUUCGGGACAUCAAAGAACAAAGUUCAAUGAGCAAGGAUGGGUGACAACAUAAUCCACCGGUAUUAGCAUUUAACCGUUAAUGUAUAGAUGUAACCCUAAGAAUGAGACGGAAAGAGCUCCAUCUAUGGACAAUUUAUUGUAACGCAUUAGACGAUACUGCUCUUGCCUAAAAAUGAAAUUAUGAAAG